AUGGCAGGGAAGCGAGUCAAAUCUGAUGAUGACAAGUUCCAAAUCAAGAAGCAUGCCAAGAUAAUCUACGGUGACAAUGAUCGGAUAAGUCAAUUACCCGACGACAUUCUCGUCGAUAUAAUUUCUUUACUGUCGCUCAAGAAAGCCGUAUGCACUAGUGUUCUCUCAUCUCGCUGGCGUAACUUGUGGAAACAAACAUACCGUCUCAACUUGGAUCCACACGUUUGUUUAAAAAAAGGGACUCGACAACUAUACGAAUCAUGCAAAGUGAAGAGGCAAAAGUACGUAAAAUGGGUGAAUUCCGUCAUCAGAAAACACAAAGCAGCUAUCUUGAAAGAUUUCGUAAUCCGACUAAGGUUGAGCGUAACAUUCCAGAAGGACGUUACCCGAUGGAUUAAAUUUGCGCUUGUGAGGCACGUGCAGAGGCUAGAGUUGGAUCUUACCACAAACCAUUCGAGCCUUACUAAUUGUUCGUUACCCGAAGAGAUGCUCACUCAAAAUAUGAGCACCAAGUCCCUCAAAGUACUGACAUUGAAAUCUUUUAAUGUGACAGAUGAAGAAAUUAAGUUUUUGCUAAGCAACUACCCCUUGCUCGAAGAAUUGGCUGUCGACUUCUCCCCGAAAUUAUUAAAUGUCGAAGUCUGUGGUGGUCCAUCACUUGUCUUGAAACACUUUGAGGUAACACGUUGCUACGGUAUGAAUUCCAUUAAGGUCUCCGCCCCGAAUCUCACCUCACUUACUAUUCAGAGUUGCAGCGUUUUUAUGAAAUCCGUUGAGGUUUCCGCCCCGAAUCUCACUUCACUUACUGUUCAGAAAGUAGAAAGUCUCUUGCUUGAGAAUGUUCCGAUGCUUGUUAACGUAUCAGUUGGGAGUACAUACUAA